GAUGUUGUUUAGAAAACAUAGUGUGCACCGAUCAGUAAAUAAGUCCGCCGCGAAGCUAAUAAAUUAUGUCAUGAACUAACAUAAACAUAGAAGAUGAAAUAUGGAUCAACUCGAUAUUACAUUUUUAGAUAAAGUAGCUGAAAGCUGUGUGAAACUUUAUAAUGAACUUCCAAAGACCGGAAAACCUGUUGACGGUGAGUGGACCGUACUAUCCUGUAUCAUACAAUACGAUAACAGAACGGAGGAGUUUGAAGUAGUGUCUCUAGGUACUGGAUCGAAAUGUAUAGGUGCUUCGAAAAUGUCCGCGACGGGAGAUAUUCUCAACGAUAGUCACGCUGAGGUCUUUGCUAGAAGAGGAUUUUUGAUAUAUCUCUACGAGAAUAUGGAGCACGCUUUAGAUAGUAAGCAAUCAAUAUUUAAUUUAGAGAAUGGAUUGUUUGAAGUAAAAGACAAUGUUAAAUUUAUAUUUUAUUCAUCUCAGCUACCUUGUGGAGAUGCCUCAAUCUUACCUAAAGCUGGAGAAGAGGAACAGUAUGGUGAUGUUCUACAGAGUAUGAAAAAGCAAGCUAUGGAAGAUAUUUGUGAUGUAGAAUAUAAAAAAGCUAAGGAAGAUAUUCAUAGAACUGGAGCUAAGUGUUUACCUGACUCGGAGCAGGAUUCUAAGCAGCCGGGGGCAAGUUAUCAUAUACUUGCGCAGGUUCGCACUAAACCGGGCAGAGGCGACCGGUCACUAUCAGUGUCUUGUAGUGACAAGAUGGCUCGAUGGAUCCGUGUUGGCAUCCAGGGUGGCCUUUUAAACUUAUUAUUAUCCAAGCCUAUUUUUAUUAAUUACUUAAUUUUUGGUAGCGGAGUACCAUAUUCAGAUGAAUCUUUGACAAGAGCUUUGUUGAAACGAAAUGCAGAUGAAUCUUUGCUGCAACCUGAUAUAUUACCACAGUUCUACCAAAGCAAGCUGGUGUUCCCUCAUAUUAGGACUGAGCAAAAUGUAAGACCAGCUCCUGGCAGCAUAGUUUGGACGAAAUCUAAGGGAGUGGAGGUAGCGGUACAGGGGCGAAAACUAGGUGUUACAAAGAAAAAAGCUAAAUCGCUGAGCAGUUCUUUGUUUAUCAGUAAAUAUAAUAUCUACAAAAGAUUCCAAAGUAUUCUGAAUAGAAGUGAAAAAGUGAAGAAAUGUAUUGGAUUAGAAAAUUUGCAAGAUGUCCCAUAUAUUGAAAUGAAGAGGCAGUCAAAGAGGUAUUUAGACAAAUGGGAGUUAGUAAAGGAUAUAUUUUUUAAAUCAUGGACAAAGAAACCGGAUAUGUGGAAUUUCUGUAUAGAUCAAACUUAAUUAAAAAAAU